UUGGCUGCUGUUUUUUUUUUCUUAAACAGGAAUGAAGUCUGGCGCCUGCUGAUGGUGCAACAGAUAUUAGACCCACGUGAUAGGGAAAAGGCAGUGAGUAGGAGGCAGAGAGUGAAUGAGACAGGCAGAGAAUGCAUGAGACAGACAGAGAAUGCAUGAGACAGACAGAGAAUGCAUGAGACAGACAGAGAGUGCAUGACUGAGACAGGCAGAGAGCGAAUGAGACAGGUAGAGAGUGCAUGAGGCAGGCAGAGAGUGAAUAAGACAGGUAGAGAGUGAAUGAGACAGGCAAAGAGUGCACGACUGAGACAGGCACAGAGUGAAUGAGACAGGCAGAGAGUGAAUGAGACAGGCAGAGAGUGCAUGAGACAGGCAGAGAGUGAAUGAGACAGGCAGAGAGUGCAUGAGACAGGCAGAGAGUGAAUGGGACAGGCAGAGAGUGAAUGAGACAGGCAGAGAGCGAAUGAGAGAGGCAGAGAGUGCAUGAGACAGGCAGAGAGUGCAUGAGACAGGCAGAGAGUGCAUGAGGCAGGCAGAGAGUAAAUGAGACAGGCAGAGAGUGAAUGAGACAGGCAGAGAGUGAAUGAGACAGGCAGAGAGUGAAUGAGACAGGACAUGAGCCUCCCUUCAUGUGAUUUGUGAUCCAGGUCCUUUGAACAGGACAGGAUUUAUUCAGCAGCCACAUCAUCCCCAGAUGACUGUAUCCUACCCAUGAAGGUGUGACCUAUAAAUGUCCCAGAGGAGAGGAGGGCGCUUCUCACAGUAAACUUGGGAAGAGAAGAUGAGGGAUGUGACCUUCUGAUUUGCUGAUUGUCUCUAGAUUUAUCUCAGGCCUGGCUUCCAUGAGAUUGGGGAUACAACGUGAGAUAUCUGCCUGGUGGUGUUAUUUCUCUUGAGGAACAUUCUAUACACACACACACAGACUGUGGAUUUUGUGGAUUGAGUUGCCAGGAUCAGGAUGUAUCAGAGUAUAGCUAUGGCCACUAACCAUGGUCCCUCUGGCUAUGAGGGGACUGGGAGCUUCAUGCACAGUGCUACUGCUGCUACCUCACCUGUCUAUGUGCCCACCACCAGGGUCUCCUCCAUGAUCCACAGCCUACCUUACCUCCAAACCAGCGGCUCAUCUCAACAAGGAAGCCCAGUUUCUGGCCACAACAUGUGGGCACAAGCCGGAGUGGAAUCUUCUGCCUACAACCCAGGAACUUCUCAUCCCCCAGUGUCUCCCAGAUUCACUUUCUCCUCCAGCCCCCCUAUCACAGCACCCUCCAGCAGAGAGGUCUCCUACAGUAGCCCCCUAGGCAUCUCAGCUAAUGGGAGAGAGCAGUACAGCAGGGGGCUGUGUGCCACCUAUGCAAGCCCUUACCCAGCCUAUAUGAGUCCAGACAUGGGUGCUGCCUGGACUGCUUCUCCCUUCGACAGCUCCAUGCUCCACAACCUCCAGAACAGAGCAGUGACGUCAAGGCACCCAAACAUAGAGUUUUUUGACGAUUUUUCCGAGGGCCGAGAAUGUGUCAACUGUGGAGCAAUGUCAACCCCACUUUGGAGGCGGGAUGGAACAGGCCACUAUCUAUGCAAUGCUUGCGGAUUGUACCAUAAGAUGAAUGGGAUCAACCGUCCUCUGAUCAAGCCCCAAAGGCGACUGUCUGCGUCUCGCCGGGUGGGUCUAUCCUGUGCCAACUGUCAUACAACCACUACUACACUCUGGCGUCGUAAUGCUGAGGGGGAACCUGUAUGCAAUGCGUGUGGCCUUUACAUGAAGCUACACGGGGUCCCUCGGCCACUAGCAAUGAAAAAGGAAGGGAUCCAGACACGAAAGCGCAAACCCAAGAACCUCAGCAAGUCUAAAACACUAACAGGCCAAAGUGGCAGUGACAGCCUCACUCCUUCCACCAGCUCCACAAACUCCAUGGGAGAGGAAAUGCGUCCAAUAAAGAUUGAGCCAGGACUGUCCCCUCCAUAUGACCACUCAAAUUCGCUAUCUCAGGCAUCUGCAUUAUCUACAAUCACAAGCCAUGGAUCAUCAUAUUACCCAAUGCCAAGCUUAAAACUCUCGCCACAGAAUCACCACUCUACAUUCAACCCAUCUCCACAAGCCAACUCCAAACAUGACUCCUGGAACAACCUGGUCUUAGCUUAAAGCACAUGCCAACCACCGACCUCCGGACAUUCACUGUACUGAUUACUUAUGGUUGGUUACAAUGAUACAACUCAUCGUUGAACAUGUGUAAUUAAAGAAACCAAAGACUCGAACGUUUAAAAAAAAAAGUAAUAAAAAAGACUUUUUUUAAAAAAAAAAAGAAGUAAUUUAAGAUUUUGCUGUAA